AUGGUCCUGGUUACUGGGCUCCAGGGUCCGCCCUUUCCCCAUUCCGCCCACCAACCACUACUAUGCCCACCGCUGUCCUCGCCGGUCAUGUCCAAUCCGCCGCUUCAAAGCGAGUGGACCCCACUCGCCCAAUGCCACGAUGACAUCGCGGCCGUCGCUGCCACUAUGACUAAGAACGGCAUACUCAGCGUGAUGGAAGAGAACCAGGGUAGGCUGGGCGUCGUCAUAGCCGCCCUUCGAUGCCCACUGAUCGCGAACAUCGAGGUGGAGAUCAACGACAGCAUUUCCAUACUGGGGACUCGACUAUAUCGAUCUGCGAGGUCUUGUCACGGCCUGGUUCACUUUAACGUAUGCGACCGGCUGCGACCCCCUCCCUUCCCGUCCGCGAGGACGCCCACCCUCUCGGCUUCCUCACAAUUAGGACGACAGAGGGAAACCAAGAUUGGCGGCGCCCGGGCCAAGGAGUAA